AUGGACAUUAAUGUCAUCAAGCUCAAUGGAGAAGAAGUGGCGACGUUGCAUCUCGACGCAGCUGCCACCGUAAGAGAUUUGAAGCGUGCCAUUGCGGAGGUCGAAGGGACCUCCGAGAUUUUGCAGCAGCUGGUGUGCAAGGACCGAACCCUGGAUGACUGCAUAUCUGCCCCGCCCUUGGCAGCCCAGCUUGACGGCAACGCGCCCGUGGUGUUGCUGAAGCUCGACUUGUUGCAGGUGGAGGAUGCAGAGGCCGACAAGAUCAUCGCGCGCUACGGCAGGCACUAUCGUCCCCAGCAUCACUUCUUCUGGGCUGUUCAUGAGGGGAACGCCGUGGCCAUCGGUGGGCUCCUGCGGCAGAGAGGCGUAGAUGUGAAUGCAGAGAUGCUCCCCACCGACUUCCAUGAUGCGCACGAGGAGCACAGCUGGCCCUACUGCCGCUUCGACGGCCGCUACCAGGACCGGGCCCUUCACUUAGCCGUGAGGUGCCGCGACGAGGCGACAGUGGAGACCCUCCUCCGCCACGGCGCCGACCCCGGUCUCCGUAACGACAACCGAGAAACUGCCAUGGACAUUGCCCAGGGGAAGGGCAAGAAGUGGAAGACCGCCUACCUGACGCCACGGGACUUCGGCGGCAGCCCUGCCAAGAUCAUCCAGCUACUUGAAGAGGCUGCUAAGAAGUGA